GUCCCCAUCUCCUUUUUAAAUCCUCCUCAUCAUUAUCUGUAUCUCUCUGUUCCUUGAAACUAGCCGUUUCAUAUCUCUCCCUAUCUCAUGGCUGCUUCGAUGGAUUCGCCAUCCCCUGCUCGCCUCCUCAAGGAGUCCACAACCUUGAUGAUUUCUUCACCUCUGUUCAGCCCUGCUUCGGAUAAGCGUUUCUGGAGCACUCUCCGUAGCCGGAUCGAUGCGCUUCUCGAGAAUCGCCAAUGCGGGGUUUCCAUAGGCCAAGAUCAAUUCAAUCUUGACACAUCUUCAGCCACCCGUGUGAGUGUCGGAGAAUCCGACCGAGCCAAAAGAAUGAAAGAGGACUCAUUGCUUUUGCUAAGAGGUUUUGACUCCAUUGCUCACACGCUCUCUCAGCUCUCUAAUAAUCUGGAUAACGCUCUUCAGGGAGCUAGAUACCUAGCCGAACCACCCACAUUGAGUGAAAUAUUUCAUGGCAAUAUCAACAACUCAGAGAUUAAACAAAAGGGUUUAGAAAAAGAACAAAAUGAAGAAAAAGGGGAGGAAGGAAAUAAUUCAACAGAUCAAGGAAAUAAAGGAUCAAAAAGGAAGUUCGAUCAAACUGAUAGUGAGAGCUCAGCGGAUCAAGGAAAUAAUUCACACAAGGAAAACGAGCAAAGCCCAAAAGAUAAGAAGAUGAAGAAAGCCAAAAAUCUUGCAGUUUCUAUGGCAACGAAAGCAGCUUCACUUGCAAGAGAGCUUAAGUCAAUAAAAUCUGAUUUUUGUUUUAUGCAAGAGAGAUGCACUCUGCUUGAAGAAGAGAACAGGAGGCUUCGAGAUGGAUUCUCUAAAGGGAUCAGACCAGAGGAAGACGACCUGAUGAGGCUUCAAAUGGAGGCACUACUUGCUGAAAAAUCCAGAUUAGCCAAUGAAAACACAAAUCUUAUCAGGGAAAACCAAUGCCUUCAUCAGCUCGUAGAGUACCACCAACUCACCUCCCAAGAUCUCUCUGCAUCUUAUGAGCAACUCAUCCAAGGAAUGUGCUUAGACUUUUCUUCUCCAUCACCAUCCAUAAAGGAAGAGGCAGAUAAUAACGAAGUUCGACAAACACCAGGAAAAAAUACUUUUGGCUUCUCCGCUUCUCUUGAGGAGUGCUUUUGCGAAGAACAGCAGUAGCUAGAAGUUGCACGAACGCAGGCCCUGGUUUUUGUCAAUAAAAUUGAUUCGUGUUUCAAUUUUGAGUUUUAACCUUGUAGGUGAUAUGUCAAAUUUUGUCUUCCCUACGCAGAAUGAUGUUUCUAAGGAUAGAAUAAAGUAAAGCUUUUUUC